GGACUAGACGAUAAACUUGUCUGGAGUAUUUUCGUCUUUAUUGUUGGUGUUUGGGGAAUCAAGUUGGCUGUGUGAAUGUCUCACGAGGCCAUGUUCAAACUGACUGCCCCUGAAUCACGAGGGCGGGGAACUCCAGCACAGCCCUGCACACCUGGCGAGGGGCUUCCGUCCAGAAUACAAUUCGUUAAAUAACAAACCAGACUAACAGCAAACCCAGGAGAAAGUUGGCACGACUUCAAAUGCAGUCCACAAAGCAGGACCCUUGGCUGCCGGGGAGCCUGUGAGGAGCUCACCUUUGGGGCUCAGAGCAGACGGGUGGAUGUGGGGGGCACCCCUGCCGGCCUCAGGGGCUGUGGCCCACUGCCACUUGGGAGGGCUUGGCCCUGCUUGCCAGGAUGACCACCCCUGCCCAGGGGUCACACUGAGGGCCAGCAGACACACGGCUGUGCGGCUGGAAACGGCCCUCAGCAGCCCACCAGAACACCUCCCACCAGGCUCAGCGCUUGCGUGCGACACUGCUAACACAGAGGUCAAGACCAGGCACAGGAAGCUGUGCGCAUUGGGGAGACUGCCAGGUGGUCCAUCGAGAGGCCUGGGCAGGGCCAGCCUGCAAAGGCUGCUCUCUGCACAACUCAGCAGGCCGAGGCUGGCAGCAUGGCAGGACCCAAGAAAGCUUUAGAAAUACCCAGCCCAGCUGCCAGAAUCCUGAUGUGGUUUCCUGCCAGGAAAGCUGGCUCAGGAGUUGGUUUUUCCCAUACUACCCACCAGAUGUGUGCAGCAGGGACACUGGUCCACCUCCCGCCCUAGUGCUGUGGCUCUGGCCUCGGCCUGCAGCUCAGGGUGCCACUCGCAGGGCGCUCCGUGCAGGGAACUUUCCAGAGAAGAGGCCCUGCUGGCCUAGAGCUCCUGCUGAGUCCGCACUUUCUGCUGUAAAUGUAUGUUUACCGUGUAAAUUUUUGGGUGCGGACUUUCUCCCUGUGGAUCUAUGAUUUCUCAGAAGAGAGAAGCUGAGAAAUGACCUGGAAAAAAAAAAAUCAAAGCUCCAUAAAGGGAGGGAGGAGAGGCUGUGGCGAGAAGCCCGCUGGGCGUGGGGCACUGCGGGGCCACUGCGGGCGCAGGCAGCCUGCCUCACUCUUCCCUCGCGUGUUCGCCUGUCGCAGACCUGCCGUCUCCCCCUCCUCGCCAGGAGUUAGGUCUGAGAGGCCCCCCAUGGCAGCCAGCCUGGCUUCCUGCAGACCUGGCUUCGCAGUCCCACCACCCCAGGCAGAGCAGAGGCGCUGGGGGGGCAGGCACAGGCCAGGGGAAGGGUCCUUGGGGGAGGGGAUGGCCGGCCAGGGGAGCCUGGGGAGACGGGAGCUGAGCAGUGGCUGAGCCAGGGGCGGGGUGGGGGUCACAGCGGGGCUCCCCUCUCUCCAGCAGCCACGCCCACUAUCAGCCCUCUCCGAGUCUGUCCUGGGGCUGACCUCGUGCCCACCCCAGGCGCCUGUCCCAGCCGGCCUGCACCCAGCAGGGUGCUGUGCCCCGUGGGAGCCCUCGGGGAGGCACAGGGCCGCAGCAGGCAGAGGCUGGCCACGCGGCCACAGGACGGGCACACCCCUCUCCUCCCAGGAGAGCAAACACAAGGGGCCUGGGGCCUGCCCUGUGUUCCUAGAAGAGCUGGGGGAGGGCAGUGGCCAGACACCAGCUGACCCCGAGGUCACAGAAGCAGGGCUGGACCCUGGGGAGCCUGAACUAGGGCCCUACCUAGGCUGUUAGGAAACGGGCAGGGGGAGGGGCAAGUGGGGGGUGGUCAGGCCCACCGGGAAACAUGAUCGCUGCUUAACUCCCAUGUGGCCAUCUGCCAGCGGGGAACCGGGAGCCGCCCCUCCCCAGGGGGGCGGCCAGGAGGGCACGGGCGUCCUCUCCUGGAUUCGCCAAACCUGUCCGGAGCUCCGGCCCCUUAGGCUGCUGUGAGGGAGGCCCCCCGCGCCCACCCAAGCCUGCUGCCCAGCUCUGCACCCCCAGCCCUGCAGAGGUACAGGGAUGGGCCCUGUGGGUCCUCAGCACUGCCCCACAGCCCACCUGGAGCCCUGAACUCCAAGCCUCUCCUGUGCCACCUGUAUCCCAGGCAUGCUGAGUCGUUGCUGGCUGCCCGGCAUGAGGGGGUUAAUGGAGCCGGGUCCUCAGGGCUGGGCUGGCCGGGGACAGGGCGCUGGCUGCCCAGGCGGUGGGGAAAUCCAGAGGGCAGGAGCAGCCGGCCCCAGCAGACGCACCCUGCUCGCUGCCCACCUGUGGCCCACUCUGCAUGAGGGAUGGCGCUGAGGAAAGGAGGCCUGGCCCUGGCAGCGCUGCUGGUCUGCUGGGCGGCACUGGGCCCCCAAGGCCUAGAGGGAGUGGAGCUAGGGGACACUGGCGGCCUGCGCUGCCCAGCCGAGUGCACCUGUGGCCAGGACGACGACACAGACGAGCUCAGCGUCUUCUGCAGCUCCCGGAAUCUCACACGGCUGCCUGAUGGCCUCCCACAUGACACCAGGGCCCUCUGGUUGGACGGCAACAACUUCUCCUCCAUCCCCGCGGCGGCCUUCCAGAACCUGUCUGGGCUGGGCUUCCUCAACCUGCAGGGCAGCUGGCUCACCAGCCUGGAGCCACAGGCACUGCUGGGCCUGCACAGCCUCUGCCACCUACACCUGGAGCGGAACCAGCUGCGCAGCCUGGCGGCCCGCACCUUCCUGCACACCCCGAGGCUGGCCUCGCUGGGCCUUGGCAACAAUGGCCUCAGCAGGGUGGACGAGGGCCUCUUCCAGGGCCUGGCUGACCUCUGGGCCCUCAACCUCGGCUGGAACAGCCUGGCUGUGCUGCCCGACAUGGCCUUCCAGGGCCUGGCCAGCCUGCGGGAGCUGGUGCUGGCGGGCAACAAGCUGGCCUACCUGCAGCCCCCGCUCUUCUGCGGCCUGGGCGAGCUCCGUGAGCUGGACCUGAGCCGCAACGCCCUGAGGAGUGUUAAGGCCAAUGUGUUUGUGAAGCUGCCCAAGCUCCGGAAGCUCUACCUGGACCACAACCUUGUCACUGCUGUGGCCCCGGGCGCCUUCCUGGGCAUGAAGGCGCUGCGCUGGCUGGACCUGUCACACAACCGCGUGGGCGGGCUGCUGGAGGACACCUUCCCGGGCCUGCUGGGCCUGCACGUCCUGCGCCUGGCGCACAACGCCAUCGCCGGCCUGCGGCCCCGCACCUUCAGGGACCUGCACUUCCUGGAGGAGCUGCAGCUGGGCCACAACCGCCUGCGGCAGCUGCCCGACAAGGCCUUUGAGGGCCUGGGCCAGCUGGAGGUGCUCGCGCUCAACGACAACCGGAUCCAGGAGGUCAGGCUGGGCGCCUUCGCCGGCCUCGUCAACGUGGCCGUCAUGGACCUUUCGGGCAACUGCCUGCGGGACCUUCCGGAGCAGGCGUUCCGGGGCCUGGGCAGGCUGCACAGCCUGCACCUGGAGGGCAGCUGCCUGGGCCGCGUCCGAGCGCACACCUUCGCCGGGCUCUCGGGCCUGCGCCGGCUCUUCCUCAAGGGCAGCGGCCUCGUGGCCGUGGAGGAGCAGAGCCUGCAGGGGCUCAGCGAGCUCCUGGAGCUGGACCUCACCUCCAACCUGCUCACGCACCUGCCGGGCCAGCUCUUCCGGGGCCUCGGCAAGCUGGAGUACCUGCUCCUCUCGGGCAACCGGCUGUCGGAGCUGCCGCCAGACGCCCUGCGGCCCCUGCAGCGUGCGUUCUGGCUGGACAUCUCGCACAACCGCCUGCGGGCCCUGCCCGGGGGGGCCCUCUUGCCGCUGGGCCAGCUGCGCUACCUCAGCCUCAGGAACAACUCGCUGAGGACUUUCGUGCCGCAGGCCCCCCGCCUGGAGCGCCUGUGGCUUGAGGGCAACCCCUGGGACUGUGGCUGCUCCCUCCAGGCCCUGUGGGCCUUUGUCCGGCAGCACCCGCACACCGUGCCCCGCUUCGUCCAGGCUGUCCCAGAGGACGACGACAGCCAGCCGCCCGUGUACGCCUAUAACAACAUUACCUGUGCCAGCCCCCCCAGCGUUGCCGGGCUCGACCUGCGAGACGUGGGUGAGGCCCACUUUGCUCACUGCUGACCCGAGGCUCACCCUGGCCAGACACUGCCCUGUGGCCAGAACCGGCUCUCGCUGACCCAGGGCCUGGCAGGCACACUACCCUCCCGCUCUCUGGAGCCAGGCCCUGAGCUGCUCACUUGGUGGGGUGCCACCCUCCCACCCCAUAACACUGGAGCUUUGCCAGGGUGGGCUCAGGACCUGUGGGCACCUGCCGGUCCCUGAUGGCUUGACCUGGAGGGUGGGGAGCCCCCAGCCCUCCCUACCUGUCAUCAAUUAAAAGCAGUCUGGUAAACACAGCGUGUGGCCAUGCAGCAGGGGCCGGAGGGUGGAAGGCAGGCUCUGGCCUGGGUACGUGAGGCCACCCUGCUCCUCC